CUCACCACGCCUGCCUCCUGGCACACACAAGCUCCGCUUUCCACCUUAGCAUCCAGCGCCUCUUCUUGCGCCUCACGGCUGGGGAUUCAACCAUUCCCUACCAGAAAUACCGCCAGCUGCAUUGUCAUUACAAUCACUCUGACUCCAUUCCAAACCCGCGCACAAUGCUGGCACACACACACGGGGCCACCCUGGCUCACCCAUGCUUCGCGGGGACCCACACAACAGCAUGAGCAAAGCACGCAGAAACGUGCCGCGCUCCUGACUGAUGCCAGUCUGAAAAUCUCCCUCUCCCUCCCCCCCAGCCUACUAAGGCAGCACUUCUCCCAAGCAACAAACACAAUCACACACAACUGCAGCCCUGGCUCGGCCCGACAACGGACGUCCACAGGAAGCACAUCUUCACAGAAUCACAGAAUGGCCCAGCUUGGAAGGCACCUCAAGGAUCAUGAAUCUCCAAGCCCCCUGCCACAUGCAGGGCCACUAGCCUUCAUGUUUAAUACCAGACCAGGCUGCCCAGGGCCCCAUCCAAUCUGGCCUUGAACACCUCCAGGGAUGGGGCAUCCACCACCUCUCUGGGCAGCCUGUUCCAGCACCUCACCAUUCUCAUAGUAAAGAACUUCCCCCUGAUACCCAACCUAAAUCUUCCCCCCUUCAACUUAAAACCAUUUCCCCUUGUCCUGCAGUUAUCUACCCUUGUAAAGAGUUGACUCCCCUCCUGUUUGUAGGCUCCCUUUAGGUGCUGGAACAGGCUGCCCAGAGAGGUGGUGGAUGCCCCAUCCCUGGAGGUGUUCAAGGCCAGAUUGGAUGGGGCCCUGGGCAGCCUGGUCUGGUAUUAAACAUGAAGGCUAGUGGCCCUGCAUGUGGCAGGGGGCUUGGAGAUUCAUGAUCCUUGAGGUGCCUUCCAAGCUGGGCCAUUCUGUGAUUCUGUGAAGAUGUGCUUCCUGUGGACGUCCGUUGUCGGGCCGAGCCAGGGCUGCAGUUGUGUGUGAUUGUGUUUGUUGCUUGGGAGAAGUGCUGCCUUAGUAGGCUGGGGGGGAGGGAGAGGGAGAUUUUCAGACUGGCAUCAGUCAGGAGCGCGGCACGUUUCUGCGUGCUUUGCUCAUGCUGUUGUGUGGGUCCCCGCGAAGCAUGGGUGAGCCAGGGUGGCCCCGUGUGUGUGUGCCAGCAUUGUGCGCGGGUUUGGAAUGGAGUCAGAGUGAUUGUAAUGACAAUGCAGCUGGCGGUAUUUCUGGUAGGGAAUGGUUGAAUCCCCAGCCGUGAGGCGCAAGAAGAGGCGCUGGAUGCUAAGGUGGAAAGCGGAGCUUGUGUGUGCCAGGAGGCAGGCGUGGUGAGGUGCGCUUUGGAGCGUGCUGUUGUUGGCGCUGGGCUCGGGAGGCCCCUGAACAUGGCGCUGUGUGCUGCGUGUGCCAGCCCCAAGAGAUUCCCGUGUGGAAGAAGGGAGAGGAUGAAGGAGGCCGAGGGCCCUUUUCUCGGGGCCGGCUCCUGUGUGGCCUCUUGCUUGCCGGAGAGAAGGGCUGCCCGCUGGGCACAGGGGGUGCCUUCUAGCUGCCGUCCCGUGCCCUGUCCUGCAGCCCCCUCCUCAUGCUAUGUGGAACGCCAUGGCCAGCAGUGCGGCUGCCAUUUUAGAACCUUCGCCGCAUCACAGCCGUCACCUUGGUCACCGCUGCCCCGGCCAACGCACUCGCCUCUGAGAGCUCUGGCAGCCAUGUCAGGAGCAAAGAGAGCGAGGGGCGAAGCUUGCCCAAUUUCCAAUAGGAAGGGAGAGCUGGGGGCCCCAGAAGCGAAGAGGAGGAGGGGGGCCGCCUUGAAGAUCAAGCGGAGGAGGAAGGAAAAGAGAGUGCGUUUCCAUCGCGCCUGGACCAGCGCUGUGACCACCUCCGUGGAGCCCAUGGAGGUGGAUCCACCUCCGGAUGAGCCCAUGGAGGUGGAUCCACCUCCGGAUGAGCCCAUGGAGGUGGAUCCGCCUGCGGCACAGCUGGCCUGGCACCACACCACCGUGCCAGGCCCCGCAUCGGCGCCGUCCCACCGCCGCUGGUCCAGGCGCUCGGCUCCCUACCCGCUGCGCGGCCCCCGCCCCCAGCAUUAGCUGGGUGGCAUUAGUUUCCAUCAGCUCCUCCUCUGGAGCCAAUUCUGCGGGCCCCCAGCUCCAUCUUCACCCUGUUAUGUCCCCGUCCCUGUUUUUCUUGUUGAUUUUAGUGUUAAGAUUAGUGUUAGUGUUAGGAGUAGGUUAUUGUUCAUGUUUUAGAGUUAGGCAUAGGUUACUCGUAGUCUUUUAGUGUUAGGCAUAGGUUCCUG